GUAACAGCAGAGAUGCAGUAUCUGAGAUGAAAACAAGGAGUUCACUGGGUCUGAUGGAACUGUUAAGGACAUCAAAAACUAAUUCGAUGAAGAUAUCUGAUUUGGAACGGCAUCGACCAAAAAGGUCAACUUUCUUCCAGACGGGUGUGAAAGUCUGUCCUCAGGAAACUGUGAAAGAGGUCAUAGCAAGCCACCAAGCGUACUACAAACUCCGAGUUUGCCAGGAGGCGAUCUGGGAAGCCUUCCGCAUCUUCUUCGACAGGAUCCCCAGCACGGCCGAGUACCAGAGAUGGGUGCACAGCUGCCAGUUUGAGUCGCUCAGCAUCGCGGACCUGACCCGGAACUUCAGCAACUCGCAGGAGCACAUCGACAUGGUGUACCGGAGAGUGAACAUGCGAGAUGAGAAGCUUCGUGGGCGUGGUGAUUCUACAAUAAAGACGGGACCAGCGACUGAGAACGCAGCUGACAUAGCAGGUCCAAAAGAAAUUCCAACAGAGACACCACCCUAUGGUCCAACACCGAGCCGGCCGGGAUCUCCUAGUGACGUCGCAGAUGUCACCAAGACUAUAGUGGAGGAGACCGAACUUCCCAACAUUGUGCCGGAGCAGCUGGUGGAGCAAGCGGUAGAGUUCACCAUUACGAUUGUGAACCCGGAAUAUGGCCAUCUUCUGAAUGACCCGGACAGCCCCCAGUACCAUGACCUCACCCAGAACCUGCGGGAUCAGAUGCAGCAAAGUUUUGACAAGCUACCAGGAUUCAAAGACAUCAGACUGCUGGGAAUAAGGUUGCAUCCCUACAGUUCUUUCUUAGAAUCCUUUUUAUGGCAGCAUAAAGAAUUCCAAACGGUCGAAAGCUUUGGCAUAUCGGUGCACUACAGUGUUGUGUUUGAGAUGGACAUGGAAUCCAUUGACGUCGAUGAUAAAGAGGCAGCAGAUGGAGAUGGGAAAACGUCCUCUUCUGUUACAAAGAGCCUGAAGAUGAUGAUAGAGAAGGCUCUGACGAAAGACAACGCCCUGCCGGUGGAUCUCAGGUCCCUCAGCUUUGAUCCAGUAACCCACCCAACCCCCACACCAAUGGUGGAAGGUUCAGAAGUCAUCAGCGACGUGCCACAGGACUCAGGAGCCACCGGCGACCUGACAGAGUCGACUGACGAGCCUGUGACCGCGACGGAGGAGACGCUCCUGGGAGUUCCUCUCACUCCCGAGGAGACGGCGGGCAGGCAGGAAGCCGCCACUCCUCCCUCCACGGCCGCCAGCGCCCCGGAGCUGAUCACUGAUAGGACUGUGAAUGGAUCCGAGCUGACAAGCAGCGAUCUCGUCGCAACAAUGCCGUCAAUAAACAAGCCUGAAGAAGUCAAGCCAAUAAUUACAGAUGCGACAGAAUCCAUUUACGAGGACAAUGAAAAGCACCCAUUUGCUCCGACUGAUGACAUCAGUAAAAAUGUAAUCCCCGGCAGCGGGCAUGAAUCUGGUCUUCAUGCUCAGAAUACUACUGGUGACCUCCAGUCUAACUUAGAUAAUAUCAAUGACCGGCAGACUGAGGACGAUUCAAGUACUGAUGACCUUCAACCUGAUGACACCAUUGAACCUCCAAAAACUGAAGACUCACAGGCUGAGGAAGACAUUGCGGGUGCAGGAUAUCUGCCUGAGGACCCUACUGAGACUCUGGUCCUUCAUGGAGAAGAAAUGACUGACAGAACAGUCAUUGGAGCAGAAGAGGAUGACAGUAAGCGAGGCUCAGAAGAUGACCUGACCUCCGGAGACGGGGCAGAGGGAGACAGAACCGUCGAUCAGGGAGGGACUACAGGCGUGGAAGAAGACUUCCCGAAGGUGACGUCGCGACCCGAUACCAGCACGGCAGAAGACAGCAUCAGUCGAGAGAGCCUGGAGCCCGGUGAUGCCGAUUCCACGGCUGAUGUCUUAGUCACAGAGGAGCUGCUGACCACGAAGCCGCCCACCGAAUCCAUCACACCUGAUACACAGGGAUUCACAGCCCCUGACUUAUAUGAUGCUGAAGAAGUGAGUGUAGGUACCCAGACUGAUUCAGACAUAGACGUACUCAUAGACACGACUCUGUCAGCUAUUCCAACCCAAUUCAACCAGACAGACAUGGUGAGCACAGAAACCAUGGACUUGCAGGACUACGGCAGCGGAGACCACCCGGAGACCACUGUGGUCCCACCACUGAAGUACCUCACCACUCCUUCCAUGACUACAGCCAGCAAGGGCAAGGAGUUAGUGGUGUUUUUCAGCCUGCGAGUCACGAACAUGGUCUUUUCCGAUGACCUGUUCAACAAGAGCUCCCAAGAGUACAAAGCCUUGGAGAACAGGUUCCUCGAACUGCUACUUCCAUACCUGCAGUCCAACUUGACGGGAUUCAAGCAGCUGGAGAUCCUGAACUUCAGGAACGGCAGCAUUGUGGUCAAUAGCAAGAUGAAGUUUGCGAAGUCUGUGCCGUACAAUAUCACUCAGGCUGUGCACUGCGUGCUGGAGGAGUUCUGCAGCGCGGCCUCCCAGCGUCUGCAUAUUGAUAUCGACACACGCUCCCUGGAUGUGGAGCCUGCUGAUCAAGCAGACCCUUGCAAGUUCUUGGCCUGCAACGAAUUCUCUCAGUGUGUGGUAAACAGUCGGAGCAAAGAGGCCGAGUGCUUAUGUGACCCUGGCUACAUUUCCCUGGACGGCCUGCCUUGCCAGAGUGUCUGUAACCUCCAGCAGGCCUACUGCCUCAACGGGGAGCAGUGUGAGAUUAUUCCAGGGCACGGUGCCAUUUGCAGAUGUCCUGUAGGUAAACACUGGGACCUCCAAGGAGGGCACUGCAUGACUCCCCUGCCUGUAGCACCCUUCCUCUUCACAGCCUGCCUGCUGGGAUUCCUCACCACUGUGUUUGCGGUGAUCAGUUUCACCAUGUUCAUACACAGAAAAUGUACCUUCACCAGAAAGACAGCAAGUUCGGUACAAACUGACAGUAGUUUUACACUGAAGAGCACAAUGAGAGUGAACCCGGUUUUUGAAAGUGACGAUGGUGCCCAGAUUCAACUGGCGAGUUCUCUGUCUCACUUGGGGCUUUCUGAUAAUUCCUGGGAGCUCACAGAGGAAGACACAGCAGACUCAGUCGAUAAAAUAAACACCUCAUUACCGAGGCAAAUAUUGCCAGAGCUGACAAGUUAAUCUCUGAAAUCCUGAUUUAUCAUUGCUGUACACGAGGACGAG